CUAGAAUAAUAUAUACACAUUGAAGGGACCGUUUGUGAAACAUAAAAAUUGAGGGGCAUGGUUGGAAACUUUUAAAUUUAUAGGGGCGUUUUGCGUUUUUACUCAAAAAGUCCAAAACUAUCGCUCAACGCCGGUCGAUUCUACCGGAGAUCGGAAAAAAGGAAAAAGUCCGGAGAGAGCUAAAGAUCAAAGCUUUAGAAUGGUGAGACUAAACAGAGUGCUGCUAAAAGACGCCGGCAAUGUAAUUGACAAGACCCUCUCCGAGAUUCUGGUGUGCCCUCUCUCUAAGCAACCUCUGAGGUUUUGCGAGAAGACGAAAUCACUUGUCAGCGAUACUAUUGGUGUCUCUUUUCCUAUCAAAGAUGGGAUUCCAUGCUUGGUUCCAAAGGAUGGAAAAAUACUUGAGGAGGAAGGUGAUGCAUCAAAAGCUUAAUGACUUUUGCUUUUGCACCCAAAAAGAAAUAAAAUGGUCAGAGUGAAGGUAUCAGCUUGUAUCUGCAGCAACUUAUCAAUGGUUCGUUCUGUCCUCUGUACUAGUUACCUGAUCAUCUCUUCUAAACUCUCUUUUAGGCUUGUGGCCAAGUUCUGGUAGCAUUUUUAAGUAUGAAUGUUUGAUGGGAAACAUUGAUGUAACCAAUUGAAAAACAUUAUAGGUGUGUAGUUUCAGGUGAAUAAACCAACUUUUUCGUUUAAAGUUUCUUGAAGUCUAGGAUUCUUAUUGACUGGAAUGAAAGUAGAAGCAUGAUUUAAAGUAUUGGAUGCCUAUUUGAGGGGCUCUAAGUGUAACCAUAUAAUGUGAGGAUAGAUUCUAGUCAUAGUCCCACUUUUGGUAACUAUUCUUCUUUAUCUUAAUGUCCACUAUAUUUACACCAUAUUAGCUCUUGAUGUCCACUUUUGGUUGCUUAAAAGAAUACACAGCAAUAUAUCAACAACCAAAAGUGGAUCAACAAGACUUAUCACUGUCAGGUAAAUGAAAUUGGGCCAAAAGAAGAUAAAAACUAUUCUCUUGAUAAACCAAAUGAAUACAAACACACCUAGUGUUUUUGAUGGUGACCAGUUAGAGCAAAAGCUACAAU